AUGGGAGGGAAUGACCAGCUCGAUAGGCAGCUUGCCAUGUCCAUCUUAAUGAACGGAGGGGCCUCUGCAUCUGAGGCAGUGAAGAUGGCUCGCCUUCAGCAGCAACAUCAGCUGCAACAGAAUCAUCAUCAGCAGCAACAGGCUGCUUCCCAAGCUGCAGGACAGCCGCCCUCGCAACAUCAGCAACAGCAGUUCUUGCAGGCUAUGGCCCCAGGUGCUCCGGGAGCUCCAUACCCACCAGAUAUGCUGCGCCUUCAGCGUGAUCUCCUCAACCGAGAGAUUGCCGCCCGUACGACUUUGCCUACGUGGACCAGUACUGAUACUCCUUACUUUCUGCGUGCGGCGGCUCUCAAUGCGCCGCAGCAUCCCCCUUUGUCUAGUCUCUUGACUCAGCAAGUUCAAGCUCACUCUGCCGGCUUCCCUUCUUUGGCCCCCAUGCCAGCACCCGUCCCUGCCGCUUUCCGUACGUCGCCUCCUUCAUCUCCAACUAUCAAGCCUGACCCAGAUGCGGCAGGACUCGCCCCGGCAAUUGAACUCGCCAGGAAACGCGGCAGCAUCGGUGCCUCUUCCCAGCACAGCAACGGCAGCGAUACCCCUCAGAACCACAAGAAGCCCCGCUUGACCGCGGCCUUUAAUCCUGCAUCUCCCAGUGCGGCUGCUGCAAGCAUGCACUUGCGCCACUCUCUCGUUGCUUCUUCAGCGCCUCAUAUGGUGAUGCCCCCGAUGCACACCACUGGCCACGGCGGUGCUCGUGGCUCAAAAGCCAAGUUGCGAGACGACUUUUGGGGAAAGGUUGGCAAGAACAGCUCGCACAUUCAUUUGGUGAACAUUGUCUUGGGCAGGUUGUUGCAUCAGCAGGUGAAGAGCAACAUCAAGAGGGGCGGAAACAAGGUCCUGAGCAACGAUCUCAUCCAGCAGAUCCUUGAUACCAAGCUCUACGGAAAGUAUGCCGUGCAGGACUUCUUUGCCAGUUCCAACAAGGCCAGCGAAACAGUCCGCAACACAUGGACCCGUCUCAAUUUUGCAAGUGACGACAUCCGCAAAGGCCUUAGUCGUUACAAGGAGCAGACCUGGCAAGCCAUUGAACGUUGCAGCUAUGACGAAAAGGACCUCACGGAAGAAGAUCGCAAGGAGAUGGAGGAUGCGUUGAAGACCUUUGUUCAGACGGGGCGUUUCGUCUCAGCGUUGGAUGUGGCCCUGAAGGGGAUCAUCACGGAACAGUUCAUGGGCGUGCUCAUGCAGCUCCGUUUGGAAUGGAACAGCAUCUGCCUCAAUUGUCGCCCUGGUGAGCAUGACAGUGUGGUGGCCGCAUUUUUGAGAAAGUACGGUAUGAACGGAAAGUAG